AGCUUUUGCUACUUUCUGCCGCCGCUGUCGGUGUAGAUCUGCUGCCACCGACGAAGAGACAAGAUUACUACAAGGACCCUGCAAUCCCGACGCUUCGACGAGCCAUAUGGCCACAGCAGCCGCCGUUCUUUCUUUUAACCUGGGGCCCACUACUCUUUAAAAAUUCCGCCGAAAAAGAGAAGACGAUUUACUGAAACCUUCUGGCCGUUAUCUCACGGCUCCCCCAUCUCUGCACAGGUGUAUGAGCGCUAUCCAGAGGGCCUAGGGGCGGCUCUGUACCGGGAGCACUUUGACUUCAACGCUGAGCCGCCUUGGGAUCCUAGCUGAUAGCGGUACAAGUCCAUCUCCAGACUUGUCCAUUUUGUUGCAUAACCGGUAGGAACCCCCAAUUGGCUCAGUCGUGACCCCCUCGCCACAAACUAGCCCUCACUCGUCGUUCUUUAUGAGUUUUGGCUCGCUGGAAUACGGAUAAGAUGAAAGGAUUCACCGACCGACCCGACGGCUACACCGUCGAGCUGCUGGAGAGCGGCGCCACCCUCAAUGAUGUCAUUGACGAGCGCAUUUGCCAACAGGCCCUGGCGGAGAAGAGUGCCUUCAUGGUGGCUGAUUUGGGCGCUCUGAUGCAUCAGCACGCCCGCUGGAGAAGCACCGCGCCGCGCCUGCAGCCGUACUUUCCGCUCCGGUGCAACCGCAGCCCGGCGGUCGUCGAGGUGCUCGCCUCUCUGGGCCUGGGCUUCGUCUGCGCCAGCAAAGCCGAAGUCAACCUGGCGCUGGAGCACGGCGCGUCGCCCAACAACAUCAUCCUGGCGGGUGUCUGCAAGCAGCUGGCGCUCGUUAAGGCCGCCGCCAAGCACGACGUGUGCCACCUCGUCUGCGAGAAUGAGGCCGAACUGGCCAAGAUCGCGCGCCUCCACCCGCGUGCCAAAUUGCUGCUGCAGCUGAGCACGGAGGCCCACGCUGCCGAGACCAGCGUGGCCUUUGGCGCCACACUGAAGAGCUGCUGUCACCUGCUGGAGGUGGCCAAGACGCUCGGCGUGCGGGUGGUGGGCGUGGCCUUCCAUGUGCCGACCUCCUGCCAGGAACCGCAGCGGGCCUACGGUCAUGCCCUGGCCGACGCUCGCUGCCUCUUUGACAUGGGGGCGGACCUGGGCUUCACCAUGAACAUCCUGGACAUUGGCAGUGGAUUCACCGGCUCUGAAUUCCAACUCAAAGAGGUGGAAGCUGCCGUCAGCCCGCUCCUUGACGCGUACUUCCCGCCGUUGUCUGGUGUGCACGUGCUGGCCCAGCCGGGCUCCUUCUACGUGGCGUCAGCCUUCAGCCUGGCCGUCAGCAUCAUCGCCAAGGAGGUGGUAACCCGCCGCUGGGACGCCUUCACUCCAGCAGGCAAUGACGACGCCGAGUGCGCCGAAUUCCUGUACUACAUGAACGAGGGCGUUUAUGGCCCGUUUGGCGCCAAGCUCCUGGGGAACACCAUCACCGCCCCGGCGGUGCACAAGCAGGCGCCGUGCGCUGCCACUGCGGCGUACCCAAGCCGUCUGCGGGGUCCCACGCUGGACCAGAUAGACCUGGUGGUGGAGCGCUGCCUCCUGCCCGAGCUCAGUGUGGGCGACUGGCUGCUCUUUGCCAACAUGGGCGCCUGCGGCCUGGAUGUCCUCGCCGGACACACGUGUGCCUCACCGCAGCCGCCCGUUUACUACGCCGCCACCUCCUCCGACUGGUACAAAAUGCAGGAAGUGGGCGUGACGCUGGAGGGUGCCGUCAAGACCUUUGCCUUUGUGUAGUAGCCCUAAAAGCCCCCCUCACCACCCCCAAGCGUCUCGCUGUGGUCGACAUUCCAGCCAGCGUUUUAUCACAAAAUACUCCCUUCCUCCCACCAUUCUUUUUUUGCCCUGCCAUGUCCAAUCAAUCCCGCCCAAGUGAUGUUAUGCAACAAAAUGGACGACUCUGGAGAUGGAACCCUCCCCCACCACCGCCACACUAACCCAGGACUGGAUGGGGGGGGGGGUUCCACUCAUUAUUAUGAUCAUAAUAAUAAUCCCUUUUACAAAAUUGCUAAUUGUGUGUGCGAAUGUGUGCGUGUGUGUACAUUUUUGAAGAACAUUAAUGUACCUCAGACCCCAGCAUAGCUAAAAUGAUAUUAUUUCAGAUUUUUUGUGUAUUUAUUGGAUCAAGUUGUGGCUGUGGCGACGGCUUUCUCCUAAUAAUGUUGUUUUUGUUUGUUUGUUUCCUAAAUGGCUUCUGAUGUUCUGUGACUGUCAUUUCUCACCUGAAAAUGGCCACUGACUCAUCCCCUGGCCCAUUUGUACAGUUCGCUUCAUGAAAGGCAACCACUCUCUGUCUGCCUGUGUUGCAAAAAGAACAACUCAUGUAUUCAAAACGACUUUCUGUUUAAAAGCACAAAUGGACCACACCCUGUUUUUUUGUUGGUUGGUUUUGAACUGUCAGUUGUGUUUGUUGAAGUAAUGAAAGUGAUUAAUUUAAUACAUUACAGACUGAAAUCAUUCA